AGAACUGUAUCCCCCUCCCCCUCACUCGUUCCCCUCCUGUCUCUCUCUCUCUCUUACCUCUUCCAGGUGAGCACAGGAAAUGCACCUGUUCCAUUUGGCCACACCUGGCCAGGUGGGGAGGAGACCGUUAUGAGUGAGCGGGUGCUGCUGGGGGAGAUGUGUUAGUGCUGUGUGUCUGGGGGAGAUGUGUUAGUGCUCUAUCUGUUGGAGAUGGAGAGGCUGGUGACACUUACCUGGGUGCUUGUCCUGCUGCUGCUUUACGGUAGAGGAGGAGAAGCGCUGACUGUGAGCAGCAACGCUACUGGCAACUUUGUCACAGGAGCUGACAUUCUCCUGCCCAUCUCAUACAGCACCACUAAAAGUCCAACCGUCACCUGGCUGAUCAGUUCCACUGUGACUGCCACAUGGACUCCCACUGGGAAUACUGUUCUGUAUCCCGAUAGAAUGAGUCUCUAUGAUAAUGGCUCCCUGCAUAUAAACCAGACUACUCUGACUGAUCAGGGACUGUACAAUGUUACUGUGUCUGUAAUUGGAGAUUUGCUGGGAGUUCGGUCAUUCACUGUCAAAUUCUAUGAUAAAGUGCAGAAUGUGACGGUGACUCAGUCCCCAGCUGAGGUGAUAGAAGGCUCCGCAACUGCCAGUCUGACCUGCAGCUCAUCCAUUGGACAAGGAAAGGUGAUGUGGGGGUGGGACGGGGGACCCCUCAAUUUCUCCUACGGCUUCAGCUUUUUGGACGAAAAUAAAACUCUGCAGAUCAAUCAGCCCAACAAGACGCAGAAUGGGAACUACACCUGCACCAUAACCAACCCAGUGAGCAGUGACUGGGGCACUCGCAGCCUCGUUGUUUUCCCUGCCGCUUCUUCUAGUGGGUCCCUCAGUCCUGGAGCCAUAGCUGGGAUUGUGAUUGGCUCUGUGUUUGGCGCUCUGCUGCUCAUUGCUCUCAUUGUGUUACUCGUAUGCUGGGGACGGCACAAGAAAGGUGCAAAAGAAAAGACUCCUUCAGGGCCUAAACAUAAGGACGUUCUUCGCACAGUGUCGGGAACCACCCUGUCUCCAGAUGACCCUGCGUAUUUCACCCAAAACAAUAUCUUGUACCGAAACUCCUCCAUCUCCAUGGGUUCCUACAUCAUGGGGCCGGGUACGUUGAGCCAAAAUGUACAGAACACACAGAACAAAGGGCGCGCUCGCUGGGAAACAACAACUCAGUCUUCCAAUGAAAGUACUAGCCGCAAUACAAGUCCUGUCAAUACAAGUGAGUACAGCACCCCAAACAGACCCCGAAAUAUGAAGCAUGCCACUCAGGUCUGACUCGCCUUCCCAAGGGGCUCACUCACCUUUUAAAGGAGAUACAUUUCUCAGGAAUUCUUCUAUGAGCCAAGCUGAAGAACAUAUUUGUGUUGGGAGGUGGAGCGAAUAAUCCUCUUGUCCUAAAGCCAAUCGGAAAUUACAUUGCCAAUUAGCCACGUUCUCUGUCAACUGAUGGACUGACAUCUUCAUGUUUGGGUGAUGAUCCUGUUACAUGGGAUAUGUGCUAAGAUGCAACCUUCUCUCAUUGCACAAAGGGAUUAAAAACAUUUCUGUAACAUACCCCCUACUGUAAAUGAUAAGGAUAUUAGAAGUCACUGAGGGGUUGUUCUGUGACCAUAUAAAGGCACAAGGCUGCAGGCUGAGUUAUACAGGGAACUCUGAG